GGAUUCCUAGAGAGCCGCCGGAAGUGCCUCUGGGGCUUGAAGCGCGCUGACCGGCGCGGGACCACCCCAAGCGUGGAAGUCGGGGGCCGCCCAGGCCUUGUGCGUACGCAUUUUCUGCGCGGAGCUCUCCCCGCGCGACCCCGCAGACCCCGACGCCCAGGGAUUGAACUCAGGACCUUGCACUUGCGAGGCAGGCGGCAGCAUCUCUGAGCUAAAUCCCCAACCCAGUCAACUGAUUUUUGACAGAGCUGCAAGGACGCUUUGAGAUAUCCUUGUGGCCCUCAGAAGAUUCUUCUCUUAAGAAGGUAAAGAAGACAGAGGAAACAAACCUGUUGAGUUUUUCUGGCCCUAAAUGGCGGCAGAAUUAAGAAAGACUUCUCCAGCCCCAUCUCCACAAGACCGGGCUCCUGAGGAGGACCUGGUCAUCAUCAAGGUAGAGGAGGAUCAUGGGUGGGAACAAGAAUCUAGCCUGCCUGAGAAUAACCCUCCUGGCCAAGAACUCUUCCGCCUGCGCUUUAGGCAGCUGUGCUAUCAAGAGACACUAGGACCUCGAGAAGCCCUGAUCCAACUCCGGGCACUUUGCCACCAGUGGCUCAGGCCAGAUUUGAACAGCAAGGAACAGAUCCUGGAGCUGCUGGUGCUGGAGCAGUUCCUGACCAUCCUUCCUGAGGAGCUGCAGACCCUGGUUAAGGAACAUCAGUUAGAGAAUGGAGAGGAAGUGGUGACCCUGUUGGAGGAUUUGGAGAGGCAGAUAGACAUCCUAGGACGGCCAGUCCCAGCUCGUGCACAUGGACAUCGGAUACUCUGGGAGGAGGUGACACCUUCGGAACCUGCACCAGAACCUCCAUGUAUUCCGCUUCAACCUGUGGUGGCCCAGCCUAAAUCUCCAGUGCCCCCAGGGCCACAAGAGAGAGGAAUCAGGAAAGAAGUGGCCCUUUUGGGCAUGAGCCCAAACCCCACCAGAGGGAGCGGCUCUCCGUCUCCUCAAGAGGAAAGGCACACCCCUGGGACUAAUUUCCUAGGCUCCCCAACAGGACACAGAGACCCGCUCGCCGGUUGCGGAUCUCCUGAACCCAAGACGGAGGAUGACAGAAGGAGGGCUGCUGCUGUUGGUUUUCCCGCCAUGUCUACAUCUCAGAGUCCCACCCCUUCCCAGAAAGGAAGUUCCGGAGACCAGGAGAUAACAUCCACAGUUCACAAUCCAGGGUUCCAGACUUUGGAGAAGCUUGAAGACAUGGCUGUGUCCCUUAUUCGAGAGGAAUGGUUUCUUGAUCCAUCGAAGAAAGAUCUAAGUAGAGAUAACAGGCCAGAGAAUUGUAGGAACACGUUCUCCCUGGGUGGUGAGACCAGGAAUGAGAACAAGGAAUUAACUUCGAAACAGGUAAUAUCUGCUGGAAUCCAACCCCAUGGAGAGACAGCUGCCAGAUGCAACGGGGAUGUUAUCAGGGGUCUUGAGCAUGGAGAAGCCCAGGACCUUCUGGGGAAAUUAGAGAGGCAGCGGGGAAAUCCCCCCCAAGAAAGACGACAUAAAUGUGAUGAAUGUGGGAAAAGCUUUGCUCAAAGCUCAGGCCUUGUUCGCCACUGGAGGAUCCACACUGGGGAGAAGCCCUAUCAGUGUAACGUGUGUGGUAAAGCCUUCAGUUACAGGUCAGCCCUGCUUUCCCAUCAGGAUAUCCACAACAAGGUAAAACGCUACCACUGUAAGGAGUGUGGUAAGGCCUUCAGCCAGAACACAGGCCUGAUCCUGCACCAGAGAAUCCAUACUGGGGAGAAGCCAUAUCAGUGCAACCAGUGUGGGAAGGCAUUCAGCCAGAGUGCAGGCCUUAUUCUGCACCAGAGAAUCCACAGUGGGGAGAGACCCUAUGAAUGCAGUGAGUGUGGGAAGGCAUUCAGUCAUAGCUCACACCUGAUUGGACACCAGAGGAUCCACACUGGGGAGAAGCCCUAUGAGUGUGAUGAGUGUGGGAAAACCUUCAGGCGGAGCUCACAUCUUAUUGGCCAUCAGAGAAGCCACACGGGGGAGAAACCCUACAAGUGCAAUGAGUGUGGGAGGGCCUUCAGUCAGAAGUCAGGCCUCAUUGAACACCAGAGAAUCCACACUGGAGAAAGACCCUAUAAAUGUAAAGAAUGUGGAAAAGCUUUCAAUGGGAACACUGGCCUUAUUCAGCACCUGAGAAUCCAUACAGGGGAGAAGCCCUAUCAAUGCAAUGAGUGUGGGAAAGCCUUUAUUCAGAGAUCAAGUCUCAUUCGACAUCAGCGAAUCCACAGUGGAGAAAAAUCUGAAUCCAUAGUUUAGGAAGCCUCAGUAACAGUUUGAGCAUUAUGCAGCAUGAAAACUAUACACUGGUGGAGAAGUCUUUCAGUAGUAAAAAAAAAAAAAGCAGGAAUGAUGGUAACAUCAUCUAAUGGCAAAAUCUAGAGGCAACAGGGUUAGAAUAGCUCUUCAGUAGCAUGGGCUGAGUGCUUGGACACAGGUGGAUUAGCUUGACUGCUUUGGAGGUCUGAUGGAGUGGACCUUCCAACAGCCUAACACAUCUCUUAGAAAUUUAAAAUAGCACUAGAGCAAGUUGCUUAUCAUGGCUUGAGACACUAAGCUUUGUCUUUUAGUGAGUAGCUGUAGGUUUAAGAGAGGCUGCUGCUCCUAGCUCGACUGCUUCUUCCCAUCUCCUGUGAUUUCUUCUUCCGUAUGUUCCCCUGAAGUUUCCCUCAUGCUCCUCAUCUAAGAAGCUGCUGAAGCCUCCCAGGAGCCUCUCUGUGAGACUUGUUUCUAAUUAGCUUUCUGAGGGCUUAGAUCUAGGGAAGUUUUUUUAGAUACAAUUUGUUUAUGCUUAAGUGUUUCAUUUUUUUAUUCUAAUGUUCCUUCUAGUUGGUGGAAAUCCAUAUGCCCAUGCAGACCCAGAAUACUGUAUUUUUAACAGCACUCCAGCAUUUUGCUUCCUUUAUCACAUUACUGACUCCACUGAGUCACUGAGCAUCUUCUGUGUGUAUCCUUCACCACCCUCAUCCCAGUGCCCGUGUCAGAAAAGGAAGCGGACACAUUAGUGAUGGUUGUAGGAGUGAUGCAAAGAAAGGUGAGUGGAGACUCAGCCUGGCUAUUUUGAGCUUGGACAUUUGUCCCUUGUGGUGACCUCUGCCCUUCCAUUUCCCCACUGUACUCUGGGGUGCAAAUGUUAUUUUCACUAUCCUAGUUAUGGAAUCAUGUAGGACAGAAAGUAGGCAGAGUAAUGAAGAAGACAUAAAAGUGUUCACAAACCUUACAUCAUCCCUUUGGUCUGCUAUGUACUACUCUCUCAGGUUCCUGUCCACCUGCACACAUAUCUUGACUAGAUGGGCUCUUGGCCCUGUGGUUGCCCUGGACCCACCUCAAAAGGCUGGAGCUCUUCACACAUCACUCUCCAUCAGGUCCUUGCCAUUUGCGUAUAUGAUUUAAUACCCAUGUUGAUGAUCUAUCAGAUACCUUACCUCACAAUUCCUCUUUCUUCUGAACUGUGGUACACUCCUUCAGUAAUUAGUGUUUGUAAUCUCCUAACAGGACACAUGAUUAACCCUGUAGGGUGAGGUCAGGUGCUAGCAGUAUGUAAGAAGAGUUUGUAUCUCUCUGGGUCAGCCAUGACCUCUGAAGGGUUAGACUAUGAGCUCCAGGCACUAUGUACCAUCUUUGAGGGCUUUUAGUAUUCCUAGGGAUGCGUAUAGCAAUGAGACUGAUAUUUUCUAAUUAAUCAAGUUUAUUGCUACAUGUUAGGUAUACAUGAUGGUCACAUUCAUCAUUGCAAAUUUGUACCUGUACAGGAUAUAUCUUGAUUGAGACUGAUUUAAAGUAACAUGCCAAAUUCAAUAUAGAGUACCCUUCAAAUUGCUUAGUGCUACAUAUUCUCAAGUACUGUUAUUUAAUAGUGUUACUAUUCUUCCAAAUAUGUGGAACAUUCUUAGAAUUCCCAUUUUAUAAACCACUCAAGAAAAACCUCUAUUACUCCUAACUGAAUUCUGUUUUGACCAGUUGAUUACCUACUUAGUCACUGAACUUCGAAUUCAAUAACUUUUGCUUUCAAAAAUUAACCCUCAGAUUUGAAAUUAUUCCAGUCUAUUAAGAAGACCAAUUAUAUACAUUCUGACAAAACUUCCAAGAGGAAUAACACCAUUUAGGGUGUGACUAUCCUGUAAAGGUACAACAGUCAUGAUGUUUUCUGAUCAAUGUGUUAAAAAUCAGUCAUAAAACCUCAUUGAGGUCAACCUUUGAUUCAUAAAUUCUUUCUUCAUAAUAUCUCUAUGUCUGUAUGACCCACCUUGACCAUUAGGAAUUCUGAGAUUAUUACUAUUUGUUUCAUGGAGCCAUUGGUACCUAUUCCUCCCGUGUCAUCCUAGUUUCCUUGAUUAAUUUUUUCAGAACAGUCCUUUUUAUUAUUUUUUUAUCCUCCUUUUUUUUCUUUCUCUUUUGUGGUACUGAGAAUUGAACCCAGGGCCUUGUGCAUGCUAGGCAAAUACUCUGCCACUGAGCUGCAUCCCCCAGCCCCUCUUCUUUUUUUGACAUAUAAAUUACCAUUCCUAAUUCCCUGCUGUUGAAAUUCUCACAAACCAGAAUCAAGUAAGUGUGGUUGUAUCCAGGUCCUUGCCCUUUGCUUCGGUUGUGCCUUAUCCUCUGUGGUAUGAUUCUGCCUGGUCCCAGUGCUCCACUGUGUGCAGCUCUUACAUAAGGUGAGUCCACGGUCAAAGGGAAGAUGCACAUGUUUGCACACAUGCAUAUGUGUACACACGCUCCUUUCAAAUACUUCAGAUGAGCAGAGCAACAUAAUAAAAUGUCUGUAUUCUGGCAUCUCUUUUGGCAGCAGUACCCAGAGUGAUAUAUAGCCACAUCAUUUAAAUCUCAGAAUUAUUAAUUAACAUCUGUCACAAAUUCAGAGAAAAGAAAGUAACAUGACUAGAGAGAUUAGUUACACUGAUGAUUAGUGUUAGUGAGUGUGAGAAAAGAUUGUCACUUGAAAGAAUCAUAAAAACUGAUUCAGCAUAUGUAUAGAAAAGACCUAAUGGUGGGCCGGGGAUUUAGCUCAGUGCUUCUGUCUCCUGCCUCAAAAGCGCAAAGUCCCCAGUUCGAUCCCUGGUACCAAAAGAAAAAGCCUAAUGGGGACCAGGGAUUUAGCUCAGUGGUUCCGCCGCCUGAUUUGCAAGUACAAGGUCCCGAGUUCAAUCCCCAGUACCAAAGGAAAAAAACAAGAAAAAGCCUAAUGGUGUAAGACCACAGAAAAAGACUGGAUACUUUGAGGAUAUAAGCUGAAGUCAUUCUUGGUCUCAAGUUAGCAUUAGAAGAUCAUUGAUCAACCUAUAUGACAUUAUUUCAAGCUCUUAACUAUGAAAGGCAUCUUUUAUUUUGCAGAUUUUGAUUUUAUGCUUUUAAUCUGAAGUGAACUUUUCACUGGUAUUUUUUGGCUCAUUCUUAGCUUCUCAUUUUAGCACCUGGCAUGAUACAGUAGUUCUUGGAUAACUCUGUUGCCAUCCAACACAGUCCUGGGAAAGGCACUGAAGAGCAAAGAUCUUCUUAGUGAGGCAGGGUGGUGUGGUAGAAAUACGGUGCUUUAUUAGCUAGCCAUUUAGCUUUACUCUUGCUUCUAAGUUCCAGGUAAUAAUAGCUGCCAAGCCCCACAUUAAGCAUUUCCUGCCUACGAUGGAUUAAGUUCCUACCCUACCAGCCUGGCUGUAGAGCCUGUGCUGACCACUGCUCUGCUACCUACAGUGAACACGAACUCUGGCCAGUCAUUUAGAAAGCACAUAAGCCUGGUUAUGAGAGGUCCUGGGUCAGGUAAUGUGCAGUGUAGUGCAAAUCCAUUGCAAUUACUCGAAGAUUGGUUGAAAAUAGCAUUUGGGGCUAUAUCAUCUUUAAAUGUCAAUGCUUUUGAUGCAUACUAGAAGCUAAAUUAUGUAAAUAAAAUAUUUAAAAGUACUGGGAGGAUGAAGCAGUAAUAACUUAUACCAGAUACAUUUUCUCUAAACUGUCUAAGGAACAAAAGAAUUCUGAGGAGAAAAAUUAUCCAUGUUCUAGGCUGGGCAGAUGGACAGUGAAGAUGACAAUAGUUAAGUUCACAAACAACAUAAAACAUGGAAACUUUCCACCUUAUCACCCAUGUCCAGCUGCCAUUCUAUCUUUCCUCAAUCAUUACUGAUUUUUCAAACAUCUUCCAUUUUUAACCAGUUUGCUCCUUAAUUUAGUCUUCAAAUUUCUCCUGAUUUUUUUACUCAUCAUUCCAUUGAAAUAUCCUCAGGGUGCCUUUGUAUAAAUACUAAGGCUUUUAAAAGGUUUUGUCCUUCUUAAUCUCAUGUAUAUCUCUUACUGUUGAAUUUUUUUCCCUGAUUUCAGGAAUUCUCUUCACCUUUGACUCGUGGGAUCCUUUUUUUAGUUUUUUUUUCUUCCACUCUUUACUCAAUAAUGUAUCUUAUUUUUGCUCACUACUUUUUCUAUAUCCUUGUUUAUCCAUAUUGGUUUCUGUUUGUUUGUUUGUUUUUGUUUUUUUGGUUCUGGGGAUCGAACUCGGGUCCUUGCAGUUGUGAGGCAGGCAGCAGAACCACUGAGUUAAAUCCCUGGCCCUGUUUAUCCAUAUUGUUUAUACAUUUAAGUGACUUCAUAUUUCCCAUCCUGUGUAACAUCUCGUGAUACGUGGGAUUUUCCACAGAGAUGUAUACAAGUUGAUUUUGAAAACAAAACUCAUCACUCUCUUAUUCUAACUCUGAUUUUCUUUUUAUUUUUGCAGUAUCGAGGAUAAACCCAGGGCCUUGACACUAAGCUACCACAGCCUCUUUUAUUUCAUCUUUUUGUUUUUGUUUUCCCUUUGGUACCGGGAUCAAACGCAGGACGUUGUGCUUGCAAGGCAGGUGGUGGCGCCACUGAGCUAAAUGCCUAGCUUAUUUUUUCAUUUUGAAACAGGUUAUCGUUAAGACGCCUGUACUAGGCUCAAACUUGUGAUCCUUCUGCCUCGGCCUCCCAGAGUGAUACGGUAUUAAAGUUGUACACUACUGUACCUAGCUCUCAUUUUCUUUCUAAACAGCAUAGCUGCCCUGAAAAGACUCACCACCUUUUAUUUUUUAUACCAACCUUGAAGUUACACCGUGAUCUUUGACCUCUAUUCUCCUGGUUCGUAAUCUUGCUCUCGAGCCUAUUCUUAGUCUCUUUAAGCCUUAAUCGUUUACUUCUCUGCCACCCCCUUAUGUCCUUUCAUGCAGGUACACAUCACAUAAGGCCUAGAUUAGUGUAAUUCUUUUCACUUUGCUUGCUCUCAGAGUCCUUAUCUUGUAUAAGACUUCUAAAGUGAUGGUCUUCAAACUCCAUUUUCAUGAUGCUUCGUUUUUAUUCCACACUUAGGUAAUUCCUUUCAGAGAGUGGUGUUCCAAGUUUUCCAUUACGUUGUCCUCCAUGCCUAAUCUGCCUCGGCUUCAUUACUCUCUAGCAUGUUCAGCUUGACUCAUCACGCGCAAACUUUUACAGCUUUCUACUAUCUUACAAGCCCUUGCCUCUGUGCCUUUAUCAUGGAAUUCUGUUUGUUUGUUUGUUCGUUUACUCUUUGGCCCCAGCUCAUGUUUAUUACUCCCUUCAAAACCUAUCUUUAUACCUUUUGAGUGAGCCCUCUGAUGGGCUUCAUUCACACUGAGAUCUCCCUUACUCUGUCCUGUCUCAGCACGUCUCUUGAGUCUGUACUGUGAUCCAUGCACUUACUGAUAUGUUGCUCUGCAAUUAUUUUCUAGAAGUCUGUAUUGUAGUUUUACAUUUGUAUUUAUUUCCGGAAUUAAAGUGUAAGCUCCUUGAGGGCAGGACAAAUAUUUCACAUUUGUAUCACUGCACCCCUUAGUGCCUAGUACAGUGCUGAGCACAUAGUAGGCAUUUAAUAAAUGCUUGUUGAAUGAU